GUCUAGGGUCCGGCCUCACCAGAGCACUGGCGGUGUUUGCUCGUGGGACUGUGUCGCUGAGGGCCGAAUGGAGAUCUUAAAAACCCCAACGACGAAGAAGCGGCCCCAGAAGAUGAGAGAGAGACACAACAAACAGCCGGACUUUGGACGCUCAUGGGGCAUUCAAGGGCAAAUAGGAUCUGGAUGGAACGCACGAAUCUCGCUUGGGUCUUGUUCUACUUCCUGUGAUGUCACAGAGGGAGACGGCUGCCCCUCUGAUGAGUUUGGCACGGCUAACGACUGUAAACGUCAUUCUGCUCAACAACAGCACCAUCAGCGGCAACAGCCACAGCACACCCGGAGUGCAGCCGGUGAGAGCCUGCCCCUUUCUCCAGCGCAGUGGAGGAUGCACCCAGCUCCUUCUGCCAACUAGCCAACCAGCCAGCCAGCCAGCCUUCUCCAGAGAUGCCGGGAUAGAGAGAAAACCUCUGUCAUAUUAUCCAAGCUAUCGAUCAGCGCCUGUCUGCAUAGCCCAGCCCUCCCUCUCUCCCUUCCUCCCUCCCUCUCUCUGUCUCUUCCUCCCUCCCUCGGCACUCGUCCUUUUCCCCUUCAUCCACUUCCGUCCAUUAUUAUUGGGCUUGGAGCAGCCACAGCAGAGCUGAUGCCUGACGCAGGGCCUGGCAGCGAGACGACGGCGACUACAGCAUGGGACCAUCACGACACAAGAUGACCGCUCGGGAUGACCUGGACGCGUCCGAGUGCCGGGCGGCCUCUCUGCCCAGCGGUGGACUUCCUGGGGGCGUGGUCAGGAUGGAGCAGCGGGCCAAUCCGCUGAGAGUGUGGUGUAAUAGACAUCAGUGGAGAUGGCUACAGCAGGAGCGGAGAGCUGAUGUCCAUCUUCAAGGUCUCAGGCAGGCCUGGGUCACCCCUGACCUCCACGAGAGGUCGAGCUGCACAUGGCUCCCAGCGUCCAUCCCCACUCCUCACUCGGGCCUGUGCGGUCAUGAUUUGGUCCGUGGAGAGGUCAGGAUGUCCCCGGACGCUACGGCGCUGCCUUUGGAGGGUAUGGUGGAGGCCACCUGGCUGAACUGCCACAGGCGCGAGGCCCAUACGAAUUUAAACUCGCCACCAAAUGACGUGGACUUAAACCAAAUCUGGCAACCUUCUUUGAGAUGCGAGUCACUCGGAGCGCGUGAGGAUGAUAAUAGAAACGAACUUGUGAGUUACUUCACCAGAGCAAAUAGCAUUCCUGUCCUAUUCUUCGAAGUUCAGCCUCCUGUCUACGUGACGUGUGCCGAGGCCUCUGUGUGCAGUGUUCCGGCUCAUUCUCCUCCAGGCCAUUGUGUGUACAGUGUGUGCCCCUCAGACCACUGUGGUACGCUGCCCGUUGCCAGACGCUCAAAGAACAGAGCUGAAUCUAGCUCUCCUUGGGAAGACACAUUUCAAGAUUACAACCACAAUGACUGCUUGUUAAGGACAACAGUCAACCAUCCUUGUCAUCCAUCGACAGCGACUUUAUCCUCAAAAUCCCUCCCUGAAUGUAUCACCACACCUAAUGAGCCCUUCCCCAGGGUGCUUCCAACACUUUUGCUUCCAGAAAGCUCUAUUCUUUGGCAUAAUACUAGUACAGAAUGGAUGACAAUCGACAGCGACUCUCCGUCGGAGGCUGGAGCCGAAUUAGACGCGGACACCUCUGGUGAGCGGCUCGGCCGGUGUUCAGACGGCAGCACGUCCUGCAGUGACAUCUCGGAGAUAGAAGAUUCAGACAGCGAUGACGCGGGCACGGACGGGUCUGAUGCCUCCUGUCAGCACGAAUCCUCUGAUGGGCAUGAAUCACCGAGCGAGCGGACAGGAUAUUGGUGCCCGCCGCCGCCGCCCGUCCUCAAGAGGUCUCGUGGAGACGCACACCUGCACACCGCACCGUCGGCCUCAUCAGAGGAGCUCAAUGCCACUCGUCUGAGGAAGAGAGUCUCCUUCUUCGAGGAGGUCACCGUGUUUAUUUUUGACAAGGAGGCACCUACCCAGGACUUGAAAACUCCAUGUAGCUCAGUGGACAUUCAGAGCCAGAAGUCACCGGGAAUUAUGCCUGUGUCCACCAGUGGACAUGCUGGUCACUUCUCAGCAGAGGAGAUCCACUGUGAUGAAGAUGAUUUUGAGUGGGAAGAUGACUUCUGCACAGCGGUGCCCUCGUUCCCUGUGCUGACGAAGGCCAGUCGGUCUCCUUGGUCUCACAUCUCGGACACAUCAGAGCAUCCACGCAGCUCUGCCCGCUCUCGCCACGACUGGCUGAACUGCUCCACCUACACCAUCACCCACAUCACAGACUCGGAUUUGGAGUGAAGAGGAAAUCUCAGCAGGAUUUCAUCAGUUUCUUCACAUUAUGGAGUAGAGAUGUUGUGAAUGCAAUUAGCAAUGUUUGUUUUCUACAGAUAUUAUGACGACUCCAUUUUUCUUUAUAGCAGUAAUAUAUUGACUCCCUAGUAGGAUGGGAUGAGGGCAUUAAAGUUAUUUUACAACAAUG